AUCCUCAAACUGGCGCAACGUUAGGUACCUUGUACUUUCCAUUUUCAUGUGCACUGUUAUUUGGAUAUUAUCAUGAAGGUUGGGAAAAUGGUUUCCCUCGAGGACGUGAAUAUAUUGCAAUAGCUGGUAUCAUGGCAAUGACUUUUGGUGAUGCAUUUGCAAGUAUUAUUGGAAAACGUUAUGGGAAGAGGUAUUAUCAUGUGGUGACAGCUCGUUCCGAACGUCGUACCAUUGAAGGAUCUCUAGCAAAUUUUGUCGCUACUGCGAUUGCAAUUCUGUUCUUUUGGUCGAUAAUGUCACCACCAACACUACUAAAUUCCACGUGGAAUUAUAUCACCGGAGCAUUGAUUGGAGCAACAGCGAGCACAUUGUUGGAAGCAAUUAGUCCAAUGGGAACUGAUAACAUCAGUGUUCCAUUAGGUGUCA